UCCCCUUCAGCAGCUGAUCCUGUGGGGCCCCCACCCCCCUCCAGAUAUAUAAAUGUUGUCCCGGGUCACCCUCGGGGACACAGCAGGAGGUGGCACCGAGGGCACCGCUGGCGGGAUCGUCCCCAGGAGCCUCCACCAUGUGGGAGCUGCGCUCCAUCGCCUUCACCAGGGCCGUCCUGGCGGAAUUCCUGGCCACGCUGGUCUUCGUGCUCUUCGGCCUCGGCUCUGCGCUCAACUGGCCCUCGGCGCCGGCCCCCAGCACGCUGCAGAUCGCGCUGGCCUUCGGGCUGGCCAUCGGCACGCUGGUGCAGGCCCUGGGCCACGUCAGCGGCGCCCACAUCAACCCGGCCGUGACGCUGGGCUGCCUGCUGGGCUCGCAGCUCUCCCUGCUCCGGGCUCUGUUCUACGUGGCGGCCCAGCUGCUGGGAGGGGUGGUGGGCGCUGCCAUCCUGCACCAGGUCACCCCUGCCGACUGCCGCCAGGGCCUGGCCCUCAACAAGCUGAGCAAUGAGACCACGACGGGGCAGGCGGUGACGGUGGAGCUGUUCCUCACCUUCCAGCUGGUGCUGUGCGUCUUUGCCUCCACAGACGAGCGGCGUGAGGACAACCUGGGCUCCCCUGCCAUCUCCAUUGGCCUCUCGGUGGCCGUGGGGCACCUCCUCGGGAUCCGUUACACCGGCUGCUCCAUGAACCCCGCCAGGUCCUUCGCCCCUGCUGUCGUCGUGGGAGACUUCAGCGACCACUGGGUGUUCUGGGUGGGCCCCCUGAUCGGGGCUGCAGCAGCUUCCAUCCUCUACAACUACGUCCUGUUCCCGCAGGCCAAAACCUUCUCGGAGCGCUUGGCCAUCCUCAAGGGCUGCGAGCCGGAGCCGGACUGGGCCGAGCGCGAGGCCCGGCGGCGCCAGUCCGUGGAGCUGCACUCCCCCCAGACCCUGCCCAGGGGGAUGUCCGAGAAGGUGUAGCCAGACCUCCCCAUGGGCCCACAGGGGAGCUGGAAACCUCUGGCGUGGUUGUAGUGCUCGUCUAGAGGAGCAUCUCACCUCUCCCCUCUCUCUUUGUUUCUCCUGGGGCACUGAAGCCGACUCCUCUCCCGGGGAGAUGCUGCGCUGGUCCCACCCACCUCCUGUCCCCAGCUCUCCCCAUGCCCGGGUGGUUUCUGAUCCGGGGGAGAGCCAGUAAAUCCCGACCCCGCAGGAACACAGGAGCCCCCAGGACUCCCUCUUCCACGUCCCCCUGGCAGGACACGGAGCUCGGCUGAGGCUGUUCCCUCCCGGGGAGCUCCGGGGAGCCUCAAGAGUGUUCAUUACCCUGGGUGUGGAGGUUGCCACCCGAUGCCUCACUGCUGCUGAACUCUGCUCCCGUCUCCGGUCCCUGCUCAGCUCUUGGCUCACACACAGGAGCAGGAGCAGGAGCAGGAGCAGGAGCAGGAGCAGGAGCAGGAGCAGGAGCAGGGCAGGAGCAGGAGCAGGAGCAGGAGCAGGAGCAGGAGCAGGAGCAGGAGCAGGAGCAGGGCAGGAGCAGGAGCAGGAGCAGGAGCAGGAGCAGGAGCAGGAGCAGGGGCAGGAGCAGGAGCAGGAACAGGAACAGGAACAGGAGCAGGAGCAGGAGCAGGAGCAGGAGCAGGAGCAGGAGCAGGAGCAGGAGCAGGAGCAGGAGUGCUCACUCUGAGCCAUGAGCGCCACACACGACAGGUUCUGCUGAGAAAGGGACCAAAGUGCCACUUCCCACCUGCCACCAGAGGUGUUCCCACAGGGGCUUUCCUGGGAAGAUUGCACCGGGAGCGUGGCCGUGAGUCCCUGCAGGCCCUCCUGGAGCACUGGCAAAUCCUCCUGUGAAACGACGAACCCGGGUCACAGCCCAAACUCAUCCCCACCUUAUUACUGCACCAGGGCUGUCCUUCCUCUCCGUCCCUGGUUUUCCCUUCUCUCAUCUGGUCCUGUUCCCCUGGGACGCUCAGAUCACCUGGAACACACAAUGCAGAGGUUUCACACCCAGCGUGUUUCGGGUGUGAAGAAUCCGAACCGUGGAAUGGGUUGGAUGGGAAGGGACCUCAAACCCCACCCAUCCCACCCCUGCCAUGGCAGGGACACCUCCCACUGCCCCAGGCUGCUCCAAGCCCUGUCCAACCCGGCCUUGGGCACUUCCAGGGAUCCAGGGGCAGCCACAGCUGCUCUGGGAAAUCCAUUCCAGGGCCUUCCCACCCUCACAGGGAGGAAUUCCUUCUCAUCUCCAUCACUUGCUUCUUACAUCCCUUUCUCGUGGCUGCAUCGCUCCAGACCCUCCAAACCCCUUCCAUCCCUUCCCUCUUCCCUGUCAGGACCUGGCCAUGGUCCUCAGCCUGGCCCAGGCCUUUGGGUUGGUCUUUGGGUGAACUUUGCUCUUUCAGCCAUUGGUUUAACCCCAUUUCACUCGCUCUGCCCCCAGUCCUCCAUGCCCAGAGUGAAUCCCAGCAGAGUCUGCAGCACUGCCCCGGCAGUGUCAGCCCCACCAGGAUUCCUCUGGAAAGCUGUUAAUGGGAAUAUUCAGUGAGACUGUGCCCAAUUCCGAACCAUAAGGGAUAAUUUAUGGAUCGUUAUGGGUCAUUUCCCUCCCCCUGUUCUGAAAGGACCCCCUCACCGAAGGAUGCUCCUCACUCUGCUCUGCUGGCACCAUCCCCUCCACAUCCAUCCUUGCCUUCCUCCCCCUGCUCUUCCUCAGGUGUUGGAGUGGCCGUUGCUGCAGGGGUAGGGAGGGAGCCCAGCUUUGAUCUGGCCCAGACCAGGCGUUUAUCCACAGGCAAUCCAUGCAAAUACCCCCAGAGGGCUCUGCCAAGGCAGCACCUCCAGCCCUGGUUUGAUCCACCCAAACACAGAGAUUCCUCUUCUCUUUGCUCCUCCAUGGUGAAUUUGAAUUCUAGCUCAGAAGAGGCUUCUCAAAAAUUCCCUCUGUUCUCAGCAAUGGCAAUAAAAUCGUGUUUUAAAUCAA